CAUAUUGGCCUCUUCAUCAACUAGUCUCACUCUUUCCAGUGUCAUUUUAGUUGAAACCGACUUAUAUUUGCAUUCCGAUUUUAUUCAGUUAAUUCAAAAUUUUUGUUUUUUUCUCUUCAUUUCUUUCCUUUUUUUUAUUUUAAUUACUAUUCCAAUCAAAUUUAUGUGUGAUUAACCAGCCAUCCAAUCAAAAAUGCCUAAACCAAUAAGUGUACGCGUUACCACUAUGGACGCUGAAUUGGAAUUCACCAUUCAGCCCAAUACAACUGGUAAACAACUUUAUGACCAAGUUGUCAAAACAAUCGGUUUACGUGAAGUUUGGUUCUUUGCCUUACAAUAUGUUGAUAGUAAAGGUUACACAACAUGGUUGAAGUUGAACAAAAAAGUAUUGAGUCAAGAUGUAAAGAAAGAAAGUCCUUUGCAGUUUAAAUUCCGUGCCAAAUUUUUUCCCGAGGAAGUAUCAGAGGAGAUCAUUCAAGAUAUCACCCUGGUUGGUUGAUGCUAAAUUUUAUUCUCUUUCCAACUCGCACCAAUACAUAACUUUAACCAUUGUCACUGUCAUCAUUGCCACCAUCGAUUAUUCAUCAAUAACUUUCACCACUUUAAAUCUUCAUCAUCAACUUAACGCCACAAUACUUUUCUGAGAGUAGCAGCAAUCACAACAAACUUAAAAGAUUAAUUUAACGAUAAUGAAGAUCAUCAAACAUACAACACAGCGCAGCUCAAUUCAAUCACAUGAUGAUGAAUGACUAAGCUAUCGGUUUUUUUGAGGUUUGACUGUGAUAAUCAAGGAGGAAGAGAAAAUUUGAUGAAAAAGAGUGAAAGAGCAAGAUGAAGAGAAAUUGAACAAGUGAAAUUCAGGAGAAUAGCUAUUAGGCAAUAAUUCUCAUACAACUCAAACCAGAA